CAUUACCCACUACCAAAAGUAAAAAACAAGAAUUGUCUAUUUAACAAGAAACGUAACAGGAAGAAGAUCGGAGAAGAAAUGGCGAGCAACACCGAGAAGAUGUCAUACCACGCCGGCGAGACCAAGGGCCAAGCUCAGGAAAAGGCGAGCGGGAUGAUGGACAGGGCAGCGGGCGCAGCGCAAUCUGCAAAGGAAUCGGUGGCAGAAGCAGGAGGGCAGAUGAAGGCCAAGGCUCAGGGAGCAGCUGAAUCAGUCAAGGACGCCACUGGGAUCAACAAGUCUAACUAACCAUCACGUCCUAUCAUAAUCCGUCCCGCCAAAAAUAAAAUUAAAACAAAUCGUUUUUUUUUUCUUUUUUAAUCUUCUUCUUUCAGUUUCUUUUCCCAGCCAUGGCGGGUUUGCUUUGUUAGUAGUAUGGGGGGUUUUUGCGAGGCAUUUUAGUGUGCUUUAUAGUAUUGGUACUAUAAAACAUUUACAGCCAUUAGAUCAUGUCCA